AUGAAGCUCCCCAACGUUAGUUACCUGAGAGCUGGUCUCUUGGGUCUCUGUUCAGCACCCACCGCCAGCCCAACUCCCCUACCCGAGGCCCCGAAAACACCGCCCCAAAAGUACGGAAUGCUACUCUUCCAAGCCUUCGAACUCAUGGAUGUCUUCGGUCCACUGGAGGUCCUCCAGCGCCUCACGUCCUCCCACAAAGUUGACUUGUUCCUGCUCUCCGAAACCCUCGAUCCAGUAACUACACGACCGGGAGCCAGCGCAAUGAACGCCCACAACUCCACCGGCUUCCCCGAGAUCAUCCCAACGCACACCCUCGACAAGGCGCCGGAUAUGGACGUCCUCAUCGUCCCCGGCGGACUGGGAACCCGGUCCCCGAACAUGACUCGCACGAUCGAGUUCAUCGCCGAGACGUACCCCAAGGUGAAGUACUUGAUCACCAUCUGCACGGGGUCCCGACUAGCCGCGCAGUCUGGGGUUCUUGACGGGAAGCGCGCCACGACCAACAAGGCCUCGUGGAACAAUACGGUGGCGCUUGGUCCAAAGGUGGAUUGGGUGCCACGCGCGCGGUGGACCGUUGACGGCAAUAUUUGGACGUCGUCUGGGAUAUCCGCGGGGGUGGAUGCGACUUUGGCGUUUUUUGAGUGGGCAUACGGGGAGGCGACUUCUACUACAGUUGCUAAUCUGAUGGAGUACGAGAGACAUACUGAUCCGGAUUGGGAUCCGUUUGCGGAUAUCUUUGAGGUUCCUGGUCGGUGA